AUGGCUGGGUCUUUUUGUUUCCUGGCUUCUGUUCUCGUCUUCGUUGCAUCAAUGUCAUCGAUCGCAACGGCAACAUCACGGUUAGAUUUGGUCGGUGACUACAAACCAAUAAAGGACAUAGCUGAUCCAUACAUCCAAAGCCUAGGAGAGUUCGCAGUGAAGGAGCACAAUAAGGAAGCCAAAACAGAAUUGAAAUUCAAAGAAGUGAUUAGUGGAAAAUUACAGAUUGUUGCUGGGACCAACUACGAGCUUCAGUUAACGGCUCUCGAGGGGAGUAUUAUAAACAUAAUUUAUGAGACUCUUGUAUUCACAGAUCUGAAGAACGAGAACCACCUUAUCAAAUUCUAUUCCAUUUCUAACUAA